AUGCCAAAAAGUAAAUUAGUUACGCCCUGUAAUGAACAAGGCACGUUCGAUGUCCAUACGAACGGUAGCACCUUUGAAAGGGAAAAUCCUUUAGAGGCAUGUGAAACAAAUUUCGCAAAUCUACCCUGGCCUAGAAGUCAUCAAGAUGAACCCGAAAAAGAACAAGAAAGGAAGAAAAAAAGAAAAAUUUGUCUUCGUUGUGCCAUCAACAAAACUUUAUCUGAUAAAAACAAAAAAUUAAGCAAGAAGGAUGAAGACGAAGAAACAAUAAAGCGAAAAAAAACGAGAAGUAGACAUACAUAUCCGCCGACGACUGUGAGAAUGGUAAUCGACCUGCGAACGUUAGAACAAACACCCAUAAAACAAGAUGAGGGAGAAAAAAUUCACCAAAGAAAUCAAAUGAAUAAUUUGUCGUUCAAAUGUAAGAAAGUGUGCUAUGAAGGAAUCGUCGGUGGAGGUAAAAGAGUUUUGAAUCGUUUUAGUAUCAACAUACAUUGUGCUAAGCUUACCAAUGAGUCACAUGCUAAAUCGUCAAAUGAUUUAAAACGACAAAAAAAUGAUGACGGAACAGAAGGCUCUGCUACCAUCUCAUUAGCUUUUCACUUGCCAUUGACAACGUCUUACAACAGAGACAAGACGAGAAAAAAAAAACUUUAA